GCGGACGAGGCCACUCCUCCCUCUUGUUGUCAAUCUGUGAAGCAAAUCCCAUGUCUCACUUCCUUUUCGAUCAGCUUUUACGGUGGGGGCUGGUAUCGGAGGGACUUAGCGAAGAAACAUGUGAAUAAAAAGCUGGAAAUCGAACAGGAGGCUCUUGCAAGCCGAGGGACAACUGCGACCCGACACUAACGCCGAGAGCUGAUGGCUAGGGGGAGCGGCGGAGUUACAGAGACGGCAACUAAUAAAAUGCAGACGUCUGAUGGAGUUUGCCUCUCCCCAGUGUUUCUCCCACCUUCCCAUGGGAGCAACCAGAGGCCAUCUGGGUAUGUCCCUGGAAGAGUAGUGCCACUUCGAUCUCCACCACCACCAAAGAUCAAACCUUGCAAUGAAGGAAGUUCUACAGUUACAUUUGCAUUAGAUGAACGAAACCGUGAAAGAGCAGCUGAGAUAAAAAGAAGAAAGAAUUCCUUUAUUUGCAUUGCUGUCUCCCUUUUUGCCUUCUUCGUAGUACUCAUUCUAUUUUUGACCUUAUCAACUAGAAGCAUUGAUGAGAACUGCCCAGACCAGAACCCAGUCCUUCGUACCUGGAAUCUAGGCCAACAUUUGGAAAAGACCGUGAUUAUUGGCAAAGGGGAACAUUUUCUUUUGAGCAGUUCUGUUACAGUACACUCAAUUGUUAUUAAAAAAGGAGGUUCCCUUGUGUUUGAUGAUGAUACUGAAGGCACUAAAAACAUCACUUUAAGAACGCGUUAUAUUCUCAUAGAGGAUGGUGGGGCGCUUCAUAUUGGAGCAGCAAAAUGUCGUUACAGGUCCAUAGCUACAAUUGUACUGAUUGGUAAAUCAGAUGAUGAUAAAAAAGUGCCUGUCUUUGGAAAGAAAUUUAUUGGUGUCAGAGCAGGCGGUACUUUGGAGAUGCAUGGCUUGGAAAAACGUUCUUGGACAUUGCUUUCAAAAACACUUCCAUCCACAGGUCUAGUGUCUGGUAGUUAUUCUUUUGCAAAGAACUUUAGCCGUGGCAUCAACCUCAGGGUAAUAGAUCAAGACACUGCAGAGGUUCUGGUUGUGGAGCGUUUUGACACACAUGAGUCAAGAAAUGACAGCAGAAAACUCCAUGAGUAUUUAAGAUCGCUACCACCAGGUCGCAUUGUUGCUUUAGCUGUUGGGGAUUCUGCUGUCAAAAGCUUACUGGAAGAAACAAAGAGCACUAUCGAGAAGCUUCUGCAAAGUAAAUAUGUCAGAGAUUUAAAGUACAGACAGGCAUGGGCCCUUGUAGGAGUGAUUGGAGGGGACAACACAUCUUACAGUGAAGAUGCCAGAGAACAUGAAAACCAUGACACUGGAGGACAAGCAUUUGCACAAAAAGAAUUUAUUACCUUGGAUGGUGUCAAAUUUUCUGUGUCUGCUUACAGUGAAUGGAAAGAAGGUUUUGCAAUAUCAGGCUUUCAGGUGAAGGCUGCCAAUGGCCUGAUACUGCAAUUAGCAGAUAAUACUACAAACUGGAAUCCUGGGGACCGCAUUGUGGUGGCCAGCACAGAUUAUUCUAUGUACCAAACUGAAGAAUUCACCCUUCUUCCUUGUCCUGAAUGUAAUAGAAAUCAGGUUAAAAUACAAGGGCAACCACAAUUCACCCAUGUAGGUGAGGUAAUUGAUGGAAUCGAUAUGAGAGCUGAAGUUGGUGUCCUCACCAGAAACAUUGUAAUCUAUGGGGAGACUGAAGAUUCCUGCUAUGGUGAUAACUUAUGCCAGUUCUUCAAUUAUGAUACUUUUGGUGGACACAUUAAGAUUACUAAGAAUUUCACAUCUGUUCACUUAUCCUAUGUUGAGUUAAAGAGCUUGGGUCAGCAAGUCAUGGGCAGUUAUCCUAUCCACUUCCACCUUUGUGGUGAUGUGGAUGAGAAGGGAGGUUACAGUAUACCCACAUACCUUGAAGGCCUUGCUAUCCACCAUUCCUUCUCUCGCUGUGUUACUAUUCAUGCCACUAAUGGCCUUUUGAUUAAAGACACCAUUGGUUAUGAUGCCUUGGGACAUUGUUUUUUCCUAGAGGAUGGAAUUGAACAAAGAAACACUCUGUACCACAACCUUGGGCUUGUCACCAAACCUGGCACGCUUUUACCCACAGAUAGAAAUGACUUUAUGUGUACUUCCAUCAGAAACAAAGUUCAUGGAAAGUAUAUUCCAGUGCCAGCAACAGAUUGCAAAGCAGUCUCUACUUUUUGGAUUGCAAAUCCCAAUAAUAAUUUAAUCAGCAAUGCAGCUGCUGGUUCUCAGGACACUGGGAUAUGGUACCUGUUUCACAACAUGUCGACAGGAGAUACACAUGGAUUGGUCCCAGAGACAAAGGCUGAGCUCACUCCUCUAGGAAUCUUCUACAAUAACAGAGUGCAUUCCAAUUUUAAGGCGGGACUAUUUAUUGAUAAAGGAGUAAAAACUACAAAUGCAAGUGCCUUAGACCCAAGAGAAUAUCUUUGUUUAGACAACAAUGCCAGAUUUCGUCCUCACCAAAAUGCUGAUCCCAAGAAGCCUCGUGUUGCUGCUGUUAUUGAUGGGUUAAUAUCUUUCAAGAAUAAUGACUUGGGAGCAUGGGUUAGAGGAGGAGACAUUGUGAUUCAGAAUUCUGGUUUUGCGGAUAAUGGCAUUGGAUUAUCAUUUGCAAGUGAUGGAAGCUUUCCUAAAGAUAUAGGAUCCAGCCAAGAAGUUAGUGAGUCACUGUUUGUUGGAGAAAGUAAAAACUAUGGUACUAAUGGAGGACUAAACAAGUACUGGGGCGUGGGAGGUGUUGACAGCAUAAACAGGACCCUUCCCAGAAACAAGACUUUUCCUGUUCGAGGUUUCCAAAUCUAUGAUGGCCCCAUUCAUCUUACCAGGAGUACUUUCAAAAAUUUCAUGCAAACUUCAGACAGGUUUACAAGUGCCGUGGGUUUCUUUUUAAAAAAUCCCUGGCAGUUGACUCCUAAAAACAAUAUUUCUGCUGUUAAAUUUGAAAUUAACGUUUUUCCAAAGGUGUUCUUUGGAAAAGCAGGCCCCUGGUUUGAAGAGAAUGAACUUGAUGGGGACAAAAAUUCCAUAUUUCAUGAUCUUGAUGGGUCUGUGACUGGAUAUGAAGGUGUCUUUGUGGGAAGAAUGGACAAUGAUCUUAUUCGUCACCCAGACUGUAUCAAUAAUACCACAUGGAAUGCAGUAAUAUGCAGUGGGAGAUAUUCUCAGAUUUUUGUUCAGACUUGGGGUUCUCAGAAUUUAAGCAUGUCUAUUGCAAGAGACGAGUACCCGUCCAGUCCUAUGACACUGAGAGGAAUUAAUAGCCAGCGUGCUCCUUUCCAGCAGUACCAACCUAUAUUAAUGAUUGGGAAAAGUUACACUGUACACUGGAAUGGCAGUGCACCAAAGACAACUGUCCUGUAUCUGAUCAACUUUGACAAGGAUGACUGGAUUCAAGUUGCCCUUUGCUACCCCCCUGACUCAUCAUUUCAGGUCAUGUCAGAUGUUUAUGAGAGGCAAAGUAUGCUUGUGACUAAUAUAGAAGAUUAUGGAGCUUUGAAUUCUUUAGAAGACCUACAGAAGAAACAAAAGGAGAGGAAGUAUUUUUUUGACAAUAGCACAGGGCUGCUAUUUUUGUUUCUACAAGCACGACGCAGCAGAGAUGGUCAUAGCUACUGCUCUGCCCAAGGUUGUGAGAGAGUUAAAAUUUCAGCUACAAUGAAGUCCUCUGAAGUCAGCAGCUGCUUCGCAAAAGCAUAUCCAAAAUAUGCAAAAGUACCAAAGGCUAUUGUACCAAUGCCAAAGAAGACCGGCAAGUUGUGUAGUAACUGUGGUGCGUCCAAGCUUUUUGUUUCAAGUGACCCUCAAGAUGUCUACCUCCAAGCUCAAAUAAAAUCCCUCAGCAAGAAUGAGAUAGAACAACGCGAUAAUGAGUCAUUUAUUGCUGUAAAUGGUGAAAAAUUUACUUUCAGACAGACAGGGUUUUAUAUGGUUAUCGUUGAUGCUUGUUCUGGCAAAGUCACAAGCAAAACAUCUUUCUCUCAGCUGGACUCGAAAAUGAAACAGCAUCUGAAAACUGGAAUCCCACAAAGAUCUGUUGUUCUCCUUGGCGGACGGAAUCAACUGAAAGGUUUAGCUGACAUUUCUCCAUUUCUUUAUUCGUUGGGAACAGCAAAAGUGGCAGAGUUGAAGAACAAAGAAAGCUUGGCAUUCUUUGGAUUCCAUGGACCAAGCAGGGUACAUUGGGCCAGGCUGUAUACCGGAACUAAUGGAACAGUACUCGGGUUACUUGAGAAAUACAUACCUUUACAACUGAAAGAAUAUGGCUGCUCAGUUCCUAAAUCAUCAAAGCGAAAAGAUCUGGAGCUACUAAAACAAGCUUUAUUAGAGACAAGACUUUAAAUGUGAACAAUUGUUUGAAUGUGAAUUAACUUAUUUAUUUAUGUCAAACAAAAAAAGAGGAAAACAUUUUUGUCAGUGGUUUACCUAUAUUAGAUACUUUUCAAAACCGAAUUUUAAGAUGUCCUGUUGUGCACUUUUUUAAGUUUAAUCAAAAGACAAUAGUAUGUUAAAGCCUUUGCAAACCACAGCAAGAAAAAAGGAUGUGGGACACAAGCCCAAUUGGAAAAAAUGCAAAACAAUAAGGUAAUUCAAAUUUUGUAAGUUCAGUUGUUAUGUGUGCAUUGUUUUGCACAUGGCAAAUGUCUCAAGACAAUCAAUUCUUGGUUUAAUUCUAAACCUAUCUGGAUGAUUUUUGCAUUAUAAAGGCUGUUACAUAAAUGAUAUGUAGGUAACACACUGUUCAAAAAUUAACAGACAUGCACAAAACUCAGGAUUUUUAAUGAUUCUUACUUUUAAAAAAGAAAACAAAUUCAUUUGUAUUCAUGGCCUAUUACUUAUGCCCUACAGUUUGCACAGGGGCCGUUCAUCUUGCUUGUUAAAUGCUGCAGGGUGUUUUUUUAAUUAGACUUUUACUUCAUAAGACUUGCACAUUUUUCUACACAUAAAUUUAUUGAUUGUAGCUUAAUUUUUCCUUUUUCUUUUACAUUGUUAACUUUUAUCUCCAAGGAACUCUAUGUGUUUCUGUGUGUGUUUAUACUGUUUGAUUCUGAAGCAGAGUGGCUUCAUAAAAAGCAUGGAAGUUUUGUUCACCUGUUGAGUAAGUAGUUUUAUUUUUCUUUAAUGUAUAAACACUGUUAACCUGAUUGGAAAAAAAACUUUUAAAAAGCUUUAGUGGACUGUUUCAGGUUUUUAUUUUUUAGUUUCUUGGCAAAAAAGAAAAAGGGAGUUAUUAGUAGUUAUUCCCAACAGGUGCCUUACAGUGUUUGUAUAAAAAGCUAUUACACCAAAAAGUUUUUUAAAUAAGUGUUUUUGGCAUACCUGUGUAAAUUGGUUGAUCAUUUUGUGUAAAUGACUACUGUCAAACAAAACUUUAUUUAGAAAGACCUAUCUGCUUUGUUAACCACUAAGAAGAUUAGGAUUUUUUGAUAUACUGCUAGCAGUAUUGAUGGGUUAGGAGAUGUGUAUUAUGUUAUGUAAUUGGAAGCAGAAUGUAAAUAUGUGUAUUUUCAUUUUAUUUUGUUUAAGAUCUCAAAGUGAUCCUGUGUAAUAUUUUGAUAGAGUCAAAAACUCCUUUGUCAAAUGAAAUAAUUGCAUUUUUUGUGUAGCAAAAUGUAAUUUUGUUGCCACUGUACUGUAUUACAUUCAUUUGUAAAGUAACAACUAUGAAGCAUCAUGUUGGAAGUGAACUGUUUGGUUAGGUAUGGGUGUACAUAUUGCUGCUGGUAUUGUCGCCAAAGUGUAGUGGUUGGUUAUUAUGAAGUGCCUUUUCUUUAAGAUUUUGUCAGGAUAAAAAAUAUUUUGAUGUCUCUGCUGCAACAAUGGAUGAGCUGGAAGAACAUGUUCUUAUUAUUAAUAUUAAAUGUAUACAAUAUA